UCCAGCUGUUGUGCCGAGUGGUAUCGAUCGCGCUGCACUUUUUCUUCACGGCUGUGUUCAUGUUCAUGAUGCUGGAGAGCCUGCACAUGUACUCUCUCGUUGGCUCCGUCGUCAAAACAGACGGCAUGUUCACCCCCGCACAAAACCUGCUACUGGGAUGGGGGGUGCCUGCCUUCGUGGUGCUCUUCACCAUGUGCUUUGAGUUCCACAACUACGGUGGAGUCUACCACUGCUGGUUACAAAUGGACCAAGGCAUCAACUGGGCGCAGCAGUGCCCCAUCUACGCGUUGAUGAUAAUCAUGCUCACCCUCACUGAGGCUGCCGGGCUGUCCGACUACAAACAGUUGAAUGACGUGAACUCGCAACAGAUGAUGAGCGCCAAGUUCUCGCAGCGAACGAACCUGUUGCUGCUGCCGCUCGUGUAUUUCCAUUGGCUGCUGGGCGUCAUGUCGGAGUACCAACAGAACCUGGCACUGUACUCCAUCUUCUCCAUCCUCAACUCGGUGCUGGGUGUGCUCGUCAUGGUCUUUCAUUGCAGCAACAAUGAGAAGGUUCGUAACCGCAUGAAGGAUAUCUGGAGCAAGAUAAGAGGCAAGAAAACAAACACUAAGCCUCUGACGACUGUGAGCCCACCUCCCAAUCCGUAAUCUCAAAAACAUUUCAGGAUAUACCAUCGUAAAAUAUUCCAAAAUCAAUGGUUUUAUGAUUAUACACCAUUGGGUUGAUAUUUCAGUAGCUACUAUAUAACAUAACUCAGCACAUUGCGAACUUAUUGAUCAACUUGGAACUCUACAAACGUUAAUGGGUUGAUCUAACUUUGUGAUAAAAGGUAUUUAGCAUAUCAGUUUGUCUAUAUUAGCCUGUUGCAAUUAUCUGUUUCAAAUAAUAAUCUGUUAUGUUUCGAUCUUUUCAAUUUGUCUAUAUCUUGUUGCAAACGUAACUUUAUUAGAAAAAACUUCCUAUCAUUAACUAGCACUUAACUAGCACAAAUUUAUUAUUAGCACAGACUGCAUUAAUAUUAUAUGUUAUUUUAGCAGCGAAAUCAGCACCGAAAUACCAAUCGUUUCCAUACAAUAGUCCAUAUCCGAUCGCUGGUACGUGUUUCAUUAACGACAUCACCGCUACAGGUGGAAUUGAUCAACUGAUUGUACUUAUUCAAGUAUUUAUAUUUGAAUCCUCGAAUAUUUUUUCAUCGUUUUAAGUGUUAAAAACUCUUCCCACACUCUAACUGCCGAUCGAAUUACGGGGGCCGUUUAACUCAGCCGAUCGACUUCCUCAGAAACCCGCGAACUGGCGAAGAUCCGCGACUAAUUCUUCAUAUUAAUAUUUCUCUUAAACCCACGCUGAAGUGACUUAAAUAAU